CGAGCACCCGCUCUUCGCGCCAAAUUAAACCCUCCCACAAAAAUCUCCACCCGUACUCCAUCCAUUCAAGCCCCCCUCAAUAUCAACACACACUAUUCCACGCUCCCCUGCCGGCGUGCUGGAAGACGAAACUCCACGAGCAGCAGAAAAUGGAAACUCCACGACCUCCAUCGUUUUUCGAAGAUCUGAAGCUAAGAGAAGUCAAUGGAUUCAGAGUAAAAAAGCGUCCCUACCCUACCAACGAGAUGAGAGAUUUGGAUCCAGCAGGAGCUGUAGCAGUUGAGCACAGAGGCGAGCCUUCGCCUCCAAUGUCUUUAUCGUUCGGCAAGACUAGCAAGAACGGCCACAUUCUUGCUCUCACUGACGAGGGGGGUUAUGUAAAUUUGUUUGACACUAGGAAGAGGUUCGUGGAUUCAUCAUCUUACCAAGAAAAUGCAGAAAAAGCCAAAGUAUCCGAGUGGGUAGGUCAUAACAAUGCCAUAUUUGAUCUGUGUUGGAACAAGGAAAAAAGACAUGGCAUAUCCAGCUUGUCUCAAGAUUUGAAUGGUGUGUUUGUUACGGCCUCGUGUAUGGAUCACAGAAUAUACCUUUACAAUGUGCUUCAGCUUGAAAAGGGGCCAGCAAAAACUUUUUCUGGAGGCCGAACUGAGUCAUUUUUCGUGAAGUCAGCAAUAAGUCCUGAUGCUGCUCACAUACUCAGCGGGUCGAGUGAUGGAAAUGCCUACAUAUGGCAGGUGAACAAACCUCAGUGUGAUCCUAUCAUUUUGAAAAGCCAUGAUGGUGAAGUCACAGCUGUAGAUUGGUGCCCUUCAGAGACUGGGAAAGUGGCAACUUGCUCAGAUGAUUUCACUGUUCGAUUUUGGAACAUCAAAACCAGCUGUUAUUCAAGUACUCGGUCUCCAUCAUCAAUGAGAAAGAGAGUGAGGACAUUUCCCAAAAUAGAAAGGAAAAAACUGUUCUUAGAUGGAACCUCCUGCACAAAGACCGAUUUAGAAAGCACGUGCCUUAGUGAAACGUGCCAUGUGGACUCGCCACAGCCUAACAGAACCCCUGAAGUAAGUACCCCUGAGUCUAUGAAGAAAAAAUUCUCCCUAAGUUUUGAAGUCAAAGAAAACUUAUAUAAAACCCCAGAAGCUGAAUACAGCAGCCCGUCCUCAGUUCUAAAUCCUCCUUCGUCUUUGAAAAGAAAGACGAUCCGGGAUUACUUUCCGGUUUCUUGAAAAAUUAUUAUUUGUAAUGCUUUGAGUAAAUUAUUUCUUGUUGUAUAGUUUACAAAUAUAUUUAUGUGUAUGCAAUGUGUUUGCAAACGAAUUUUGUGAGAGCACACUUGUAGUGUUUCUCAGAGGGGAUCUGUAUUCUGUAAAGGAUGCAGCCAUUUUGUUUUUUUGAAUUUUAGCACCAAAAGUGAGUUCUAACUGCUAAGUUGUUCCAGGAAUAGUAUCUUUUGUCCUCAAAUUAUUCCACAACCUAAUUGUUUGUUUGUUAGGUGAGUUGAUUUGUUAUACUUUUUUAGUACAAGUGUAUUGAGGUAUAUAAGUAUAUAACAAUGUUCGCAUCUUUCAAAUUAGAAUAUUUUUAUGCCC